AUGGUGUCCCCUCGAACAGUUGCUAUCGUCGACCAAGGAAAACAGCGAGAUGUCUCUCGUGGUUGCGGUCGGAGGCGUCGCCAAACGGUGACCGUCGGCGAAUCGAAAGGCAAAAAUGAGUUCAUAUAUGGUUUGAUCAAGAGGCACGAUCCAGAGAGAGCCGUCCUAUCUCUCAGACUUCACCCCCAUGAUCGUUUCUCGUGGUUAAACACGAGCAAAGACCCAGUGGUUGGGAACGAGCAAAGAUCAGGCGCCUUUUGGUCAAGAAUUGCUGCCUACUUUGAGGAAAGCAGAGAGAGCCAAGGGACUGAUGCUGGCUGCGAACAGAGAGAGCUGACCCACUGCAAGCAGCGUUGGCACAAGAUCAACGACCUUGUGUCCAAAUUCUGUGGAGCGUAUGAGGCUGCUACUAGGGGGAAAAGUAGUGGCCAAAACGAGAAUGAUGUUCUCAAGCUAGCACAUCAAAUCUUCUACAACAAUCACCAGAAGAGAUUCAUGCUUGACCACGCAUGGAAGGAGCUGCGCAACGACCAGAAGUGGUGCGCCAUUGCCACUGCUAAACGUCCCAGUUCGAAGAAGAGGAAGUGUGAUGACGGUGGAGACUCAUCAGCCUCUCAAGCAACUGAGAACAAACGCCCCGCGGGUGUUAAGGCCGCAAAGGCGAGUUCUAAGAAGAAGGUGCAGGAUUUGUUGAUGAAGGAGCGGUUGCCUAAGAUGAGUUUGCCUGACAGUCUUAUUGGGAAGCAGGAACCUCUAGCUGAGUAUGAAGAGGCCCUCAAGAAGAAACUCAUCACUGACUUGAUGUCUACUUGA